UAGCCCGUCGCCCCGUUUCGCCCAGCAGCGCAGGCGUUGCCGUACCACAAAUUUAAACCGAUCCGUUUUAAAAAUCAGUAAUCUAUCAUCAAAAUGUCCACCGAAUUCUAGUGAUACCACCAAAUAGAAAGAUUAAGUGACAAUUUUUUAAUUUAAUCGGGAGUAUUGUUGUGAAUGAACCUUUAAAGACUUGUGUGGACGAAACAAGGGAUUUAUUGUUGGUAAAUUAAACCUGAGAAUACAAUUAUGGAGGACGCCCACGCUAAGUCAGUGGACGAGGUGUUGAACUACUUCAAUGUUGACUCUGAGAAGGGUUUGUCACCGGAUCAAGUCAAGAGGAAUCAGGAGAAAUAUGGUCUCAACGAAUUGCCAGCCGAAGAGGGAAAAUCCAUUUGGCAACUCGUACUGGAACAAUUCGAUGACCUUCUAGUUAAGAUUCUCUUAUUAGCCGCUAUCAUAUCUUUCGUAUUAGCUUUAUUUGAAGAGCACGAGGAUGCAUUCACAGCGUUUGUUGAGCCCUUCGUAAUCCUCUUAAUUCUAAUCGCCAACGCGGUAGUAGGUGUCUGGCAAGAGCGUAACGCCGAAUCUGCCAUUGAAGCACUGAAAGAAUAUGAACCCGAAAUGGGAAAAGUUGUGCGAAGCGACAAAUCGGGUGUCCAAAGGAUUCGCGCCAAGGAGAUUGUACCCGGUGACAUUGUCGAGGUCUCCGUUGGUGACAAAAUUCCCGCUGACAUUCGUCUUAUCAAGAUCUACUCCACAACAAUAAGAAUCGAUCAGUCUAUCCUUACCGGUGAAUCAGUAUCGGUCAUAAAGCACACAGACCCAGUGCCAGAUCCCCGAGCCGUGAACCAAGACAAGAAGAACAUUUUGUUCUCCGGUACAAAUGUAGCUGCUGGAAAAGCGCGUGGUGUUGUAAUGGGUACAGGCUUGAACACAGCCAUAGGAAAGAUCAGAACUGAGAUGUCUGAGACUGAGGAAAUUAAGACACCCCUGCAACAGAAACUCGACGAAUUCGGUGAACAAUUGUCAAAGGUUAUCUCGGUGAUUUGCGUCGCUGUCUGGGCGAUUAACAUCGGUCACUUCAACGAUCCAGCGCACGGUGGCUCCUGGAUCAAGGGAGCUAUCUACUACUUCAAGAUCGCUGUGGCCCUCGCUGUCGCUGCUAUCCCCGAAGGUCUCCCCGCUGUCAUCACAACUUGUCUCGCCUUGGGAACCAGAAGAAUGGCCAAGAAGAACGCCAUCGUGCGCUCUCUGCCGUCAGUCGAGACCCUCGGCUGCACCUCAGUCAUCUGCUCCGACAAGACAGGAACCCUCACCACCAACCAGAUGUCUGUCUCCCGAAUGUUCGUUUUCGACAAGGUCGAGGGCAAUGACAGCAGCUUCCACGAGUUCGAGAUCACCGGCUCCACCUACGAACCCAUUGGCGAUGUCUUCCUAAAAGGACAGAAGGUCAAGGGCCAGGAAUUCGAGACCCUCCACGAAAUCGGAACAAUCUGCAUCAUGUGUAACGACUCAGCAAUUGACUUCAACGAGUUCAAACAGGCAUUCGAGAAAGUUGGUGAAGCAACUGAGACAGCUCUCAUUGUUCUCGCUGAGAAAAUCAAUCCCUUCGGCUGCUCCAAGACCGGACUAGACCGCCGUGGAGCUGCUAUCGUUGUUCGUCAGGAUGUCGAGACAAAAUGGAAGAAGGAGUUCACCCUUGAGUUCUCACGUGAUCGUAAAUCAAUGUCGUCUUACUGCGUUCCUCUCAAACCCUCGAAACUCGGAACUGGACCCAAAUUGUUCGUCAAAGGAGCGCCUGAAGGUGUUCUCGAGAGGUGCACACACGCUCGUGUUGGAACAAGCAAAGUACCCCUGACGUCGACCCUCAAGAACCGAAUUUUGGACCUAACCAGGCAGUACGGAACCGGAAGGGACACACUUCGCUGCUUGGCCCUGGCCACCGCCGACCACCCGAUGAAGCCCGACGACAUGGACCUCGGCGACUCCACCAAAUUCUUCACAUACGAGAAGGAUCUUACGUUCGUGGGAGUUGUUGGUAUGCUUGAUCCACCCAGGAAGGAAGUUUUCGAUUCAAUCGUCAGGUGCAGGGCAGCUGGCAUCAGGGUUAUCGUCAUCACUGGUGACAACAAGGCAACUGCUGAAGCCAUCUGCAGGCGCAUUGGAGUCUUCACUGAGGACGAAGACACCACUGGCAAAUCCUACUCAGGAAGGGAAUUCGAUGAUCUACCUCUGUCAGAGCAGCGGGCUGCUUGCGCUCGUGCCAGAUUGUUCUCACGCGUCGAGCCCUCUCACAAGUCCAAGAUCGUUGAGUUCCUGCAGAGCAUGAACGAAAUAUCCGCCAUGACUGGUGACGGUGUCAAUGAUGCGCCUGCCCUCAAGAAGGCGGAGAUUGGUAUUGCCAUGGGAUCUGGCACAGCUGUCGCCAAGUCAGCUUCUGAGAUGGUUCUCGCUGAUGACAACUUCUCGUCCAUCGUCGCUGCUGUUGAGGAGGGCAGGGCUAUCUACAAUAACAUGAAGCAGUUCAUUCGCUAUCUCAUUUCCUCGAACAUUGGAGAGGUCGUCAGUAUCUUCUUGACAGCUGCACUUGGACUUCCUGAGGCACUCAUUCCUGUACAACUGCUGUGGGUCAAUCUCGUCACUGAUGGUCUUCCUGCUACUGCUCUUGGAUUCAAUCCACCUGAUCUUGAUAUUAUGGACAAGCCACCGCGUAAAGCUGAUGAGUCGCUGAUCUCGGGCUGGCUGUUCUUCCGUUAUCUUGCCAUUGGUGGGUAUGUCGGCGCAGCUACUGUCGGCUCGGCAGCGUGGUGGUUCCUGUAUAGUCCGAGUGGACCUCAACUCAACUACUAUCAGCUGACUCAUCACUUGUCCUGCAUCGGUGGUGGUGACGAGUUCAAGGGUGUCAACUGCAAAAUCUUCACUGACCCUCAUCCCAUGACCAUGGCUCUCUCUGUUCUUGUCACUAUUGAAAUGCUUAACGCCAUGAACAGUUUAUCUGAGAACCAAUCGCUCAUUAGCAUGCCACCGUGGUCCAACAUGUGGCUCAUUGCCUCCAUGGCUCUUUCAUUCACACUUCACUUCGUCAUUCUUUACGUUGAAGUUCUUUCGGCUGUGUUCCAAGUUACUCCCCUCAGUGGUGAAGAGUGGGUAACAGUAAUGAAGUUUUCAAUUCCAGUUGUACUUCUUGACGAGACCCUCAAGUUCAUCGCCAGAAAAAUAGCAGACGUUCCGCAAACGGUGAAGCCCCAGAAGUAAGACUACGCACAAAGAAGCAUCAGUGCCAGCACGAAUCUACGAAAGAGCCCCCCAAAAACCCUCUCAGAGCAAUGAGAAAACAGUCGUAAAUCCCUUAAUUAAAAAAUCGAGGCGAGAGUUCGAGUGAGUGAGAGUGAAGCCCCCAAAAACCGAUGAACCAACGCGAAACGAAAAGCCACCACCUCUCGUGCGACAGAAGACACCCAAAACCAAAGCCAAAACCAAAAGAAAAAAAAAUAUCCCACAAGAACCAAAGGAAAACCCACUAACCAGAGGAGAGAGUGAACUAAACCGAGAGACCAUUGUACGAGUGUAACUAGAGAACAUGAUAACGUAUUCUCAAUCCCGACAUGAUUAAAUUGAAGAAUGAAAGAACAACGGAAUAAGAUAAAUAAAUAAAUCACAAGAUGUACGAGAGAAUAACGAGGAGGAAAAAUAAAAGAUUUAAUGGAAUGAAAAUUUUAUUCAACCGAACGAUAAAAGCCUUCAUUUCACGAGAGAAUUAAUAAUUUCCAUGUUGAUUUAUGAAUUAGAAGUGAGAAAGACAUCGAAGAAAAUUUAUUUGAAGGCAUUUUCAAUGUUUCAUUGGUGGUGGACACAUUAUUUGAACAGUGAAUUGAGAGAGAAGUGCAAAAUGCUGAGGCUGAAACUCUAUCAGGAAUUAAAUUUCUCAUUAAAGUAAUUAGUUCAUGAAUUCCCCCCUCUCCCUCGAGUGAAUAAUCGACUGUCUCAUCCUCUUUCGUACGAUAAAAAUCAUUUCCGAAUGAAUAAUUUCGCCCCAUCUAGUGAUUUUUUAAGAAAUAAGGGUGAAUAUCAGAGUAAAGAGCAAGAAUUAUUGCCAAACUGACGACAAAAAGAUGAUAAAAUGCAAUAAAAAAUGAAGCGUUAUGCCUAGAGAGUCCAGACAGAUGCGACGAGCUGUAAAGAGAAUAAUUUAUUAAACAAAUUGAAAUAAAGAAUUUGAUGAGCCCUGAGAAAGCCACCCAUUAACUGUAAAUAUGUUGUACCAUCAGAAUUGAAAGUAUAAAAAAUUCAUGAAAGUUUCUAAAACGAAAGAUAUAUUUUAACUAGAGAAAUUCGAUUCUUUCUCGAGUCUCAGGACUCGUUAUGUUAUAUUAUAUAUAUGAGAGAUAUUAUAUAAUAUACGUAUUGUUACCCAGUUUAUAUGCGCCCGAGAAUUUGCGUGAUAUAUGAAUUUUAAAUUAAAUCGUAAUUUUAAUGAGACAUUUGUUGAUUUAUUCCGAGCGAGAAGAAUUCGGGAUCAUUUUUGGUUUUUUUUUUGGGAAAGGUUUUGAAUUUUGGGGUUCAAGGGUCAAAUGGGAGAGAUGGGUGACGUGAUGACUACAGUCGUCUUUCCCGUUUGACCCAUAAGAAUGUUUGACCUCUUCAUUAUUUUUUUCUAAAGCAAAAUUUCGUUUUUCAAGGGCCAGACAGUAUUGAGGGUCAAGUGGGAGAGACGUUUGACCUUUCAUCAUUUUUUUUGCAAUGCAAAAUUCCGUUUAAGGGCCAAAUUGUAUUGAGGGUCAAGUGGGAGGGACGAACGAAGUGAUCAGAAGAAUCUAAUUUCUUUGAGGGUCAAAUGGGAGAGACGGACGAAAUCAAUAAGGUCAAAUGGGAGAAACUGGAGGAGAGAUAAAAAGGGUCAAACGGGAGAGACAGGGGGAGAGAUAAAGAGGGUCAAACGGGAGAGACGAACGAAGUGAUCACGCCACUGGUCUCUCCCAUUUAACCUGCAAGAGAAUAUGCCCUGUCAAGGGGGUCAAAUGGGAGAGAGGAAAAAAGGUCAACAAGGUCAAAGGGAGCGACGAACUAAAUAAUGAGAAGAAUCAAAUUUUCUUAAGGGUCAAUCGGAGAGACAGGCGGAGGGGUUAAGGGCGUCAAACGGGAGAGACGAGUGGAGUGAUCGUUUCCAUCGUCUCUCCCAGUUGACCCCCAAGCCUCAAGUUUGACCCUUCAUUUUUUAAAUAAUAGAAAUGAAAAAAAAUUCACCUGAAUUUUUCUCCACAUUCUUUCCCUGCUGCCGUUCCCCUUCGCUCCACCCUCCCCCAUCCAUUAAUUCUCUUUGAAAUGAGGAAAAUAUCGAGUUGAAAAAAAAAAUUCACCUCGAGUUCAAACUCGGCGAAGUGAUAAUCGAUAUUCCUUCGUCUAUCUAUCAUCGAGGCUUCCAUCAGCCCCUGCUGUACCACCCCAUUACCACCCCCUCCUCAUCUUUUCCACUGGCAAUUUCAAGUCAAUCAUCCUGCGAGAUCUAGAUUACUGAUAAUGAUAAGGGCGUAAUGGCGAUGCCAAAGUCAUUCGUUUCUGUUUUUUUCCCCCUGAGAAUUGAUGGCCGGGAGAGGGUUCACUCGAGCACUCUUUAUCACAAGAAAAAGCCCAAAUUCUCCUGCAAUUGCACCAUUCAAUUUUCAAUGAUUCCCGGAUUUUUCUCGCUCGUUAAAGUUGAAUCUGCAAGUGGCGUUUACUUGUUAUCAUUAAGUAUUUUAUUCUAAAACGAAGUAACUAGAAUUAAAUAAACGACAAUCCUCCAUUAUUUGUUAUUUACGAAUUGUAUGAGGAAAAAGUGGAAUAAAGGUUUGGAAAUAGGA